AUGGUGUGUGCGGCCAGGGCUGAACUGAUGUGGUCUGGACUGGCAUUAAAGAAUUGGUUCUGGCAGGGGCUCUUUGUGCUUCAUGUCACUAGUCUAGUCUUUGCAAAGGAAAACCUGGUCAAAGCCAAAGUGGGAAAAAUCAUCCACCUGCCCUGCUGCCAUGAACUACCCAGCCCAGAGUCCCAGUAUAACUACCGCGUUUACUGGCAAACAGAAAAAGAAGUAGUGAUGGCUUACUCAGCAGGGAAGCUGGUCAGGACCGAUGCAAAGUUUGUGAACCGGACCAAGAUGGACCUACAGAACCUCACAAUGUCAAUUUUCCCAGUGAAACUAUCAGACACCGACACAUAUAAAUGCAUAGUUCAAGUGAUAGAGAAGGGACCUUCCAAGCUCUGUGACAGGACUGUGGAUUUGGUGGUUGAAGCUGACUUCAGCAAGCCUGUCAUAUCAGCAGAUGUACCCAAAGAUGCUUGUGGCUCAACUGAGGUGACGGUGAACUGUUAUUCUCAUGGUGGCUUUCCAGCACCCAGAGUCUCUGGGAUCCUCAAUAAUAUGUCUGUGGACUGGCAAACCAAUUUAUCUGACUCAAAAGACAGCCUCUAUAAUGUCACCGCCAAAUUGCAGCUCAAUCUGACUGAAGACAUUUUCCUCACAUGUACCAUUGAGUAUGAUGACUUCGAAGUGUCCUCCAACUACAUUCUGAAAAAACUAAAGGAAUGUCCUUCUUCUCCAACACCUCUGCCCCAGGGGGUCAUUAUUGCCUCGAGUUUGGUUCUCAUCUGCAUCUUCCUUGUGGCCAUUGCCUUGCUUUUAAAAUAUUUCCGGUGUCAUGGCUGCGAACAACUGCGGUGCUCUCACUACCCUGUCCCUCAAGAUCCAGCAGUGGGAACUGAAAUGAAAGACGGUGUAAGAGGUGUCACUGACCUCUCUGAAGUAACAUCAGAAGCAGCAUCUUUCUGAUUAGACCAUAUCUGCAGGUAACUUUCUCCCCUGUUUGUUGAUGGCAAAAUACAUGCUCAUAUGCUAUGCGCUGGUAACGUUAGCACACAAAGUGUUCUGUUGUUUUCUGGGGUCAAGGCUGUAGGGCUUUGUGGCCACUCACAUUUGGAUAGAUGACAUGGUCUUCUGGAGUGAGGGUGUCUCCCAGCCGGAUAACAGGGAUUUUUUUGUUUUGGUUUACAUUUAAAGUGAAUGUAGUAAUGGUGAAAGAUGCCAGUAGUCUUCAGUUUCUCUAGGGCUCUUGAUCCUUCUUGCAAUAUAAUGGGUACUGCAUUAGUGUAAGUUCUCUUCCUGCCACCCCUCCAAUUUGCCCCACCUCCAGAGCUCACACCAGCAGGGCCGAAAGAAGAGCUCUUUGAUAAAUCCAGCUCUUGGUUCCUCUCUGGAGACCGGAGACCAAGAGGCUGGUUAUUGCCUUAGAGAUGGGUUUGUUCAUUUCACAAACAGGCCAACAAAUAGCUCUCAUUGGCAAUGUCCUUCAGUCACUACUAAACUGAAUCCGAUUUGACCUGUUCACCAGCAAUCAACCUCUCACCAGUCCCAUGUGCUACCUUGGCCCCCUGGAAACUAUUUUUGGUGAACUGCACAUAGACCAUGUGCCUCUCCUGCUACGUAUAAUGGCCACAAGGAUGAUGAGGGAAGGGCUGAAGGAGCAGUGGCCAGAGGUGUUGAGGAAGGGCACAACUGUGAGUGAAUAACUCCAUUUUUCAUAAUCGGCUCCUAAGGUCCAUCUAUGCAGCUGCCAGCAGCGAGCUUCCCAGCCCAGGUCGACAGACUCAGGCUCAUGGGGCACACACCCCCACACUAGAACUAGCUGUGCAGACAGCCCACCCUCCCCCGCAGACUUCAGACCCCGAGCUGCAACAUCUAUCUGGCUAUUUUUAGCAUGGUAGCGUAAACCCUGCAAGCCUGAGUCUGUUGACCUGGGCUGGGAGGCUCACCACAGUGGACUGCGUCGACAUACCCUAAAUGCUCGUCCAUCUUUGAGGCACUUAUAGAAUCAUAGAUUAGAGUUGGAAGAGACCUCAGGAGGUCAUCUAGUCCAACCCCCUGCUC